CCCAAUGGCUUAUGUGGUUCUGCCAUCUUUCUAAAAUCCUAGUCCAUUUUUAUAAAUUUCAAGUUUUUUGUUGCUUUUGUGGUUUGUCUUCAGGGCGUUCCAGCGUUAGAUAAUCAGCUUUUGUAAGUGUCAUGGCGGAUAAUAUGGAUGAAGAUGAUUUGGUUGUACCGUACAAAAAACUAAGAAAAGAGAAGGCCGGAAUUGAGGGUGAAGAUUUUGGAAUUCAACCCAAUUUAAGUUCUCAUUUCUCCAAUGGGCUUGAUGAUUCAAAGUAUAAAAGUGGAGAAUCAGCACCAGGGCGUCAUCUACGUUUUCAUUCCGUUGAACAAGAUGAUGUCCAGAGUAGUUCAGGCAAUAGUAGUAAUAUAGAAAAUGAAAAUCCCAAUGAUGAAGAUAGCGGCAACAUAAGUGAUUCAUCAUCUCAUGCAAGCUCUGGGGAUUGGCAAAGAAGACCAGCUGGUAUGAUUGGAUGGGUUCAUGCACAGAUGUUGUCAGGCGUCGAUCCUAGAGAAAUUCUUCACCAUCUUGUACCAAGUUUAUCCAGUAGUUUACCUGUAGACAUCAAUCCAUUUACGUUAUGGAAACUUGUUUUAAACAUUCUGAGUGAGCCACAGAGACGACCAAAGUUAUCCCACAUCAAUUCAUUGUCUGAUGUUGUCAAUCUGAUAAAAAAUGCAAAAAAUAUAUUAGUACUAACUGGAGCAGGGGUUUCAGUAUCAUGUGGAAUUCCAGAUUUUCGUUCCCGCGAUGGAAUAUACGCUAGACUUGCAGUUGAUUUUCCUGACCUACCAGACCCACAGGCGAUGUUUGAUAUAUCAUAUUUCACACAAGAUCCUCGACCAUUUUUUAAAUUUGCAAAGGAAAUAUAUCCAGGACAAUUCAAACCUAGCAGAAGUCACAGCUUUAUAUCAUUGCUACAGAAGACUGAAAGAUUGCUCAGGAAUUACACUCAAAACAUUGAUACUUUAGAACAAGUUUCGGGUAUAUCAAAAGUUAUUCAAUGCCAUGGCUCAUUUGCUACUGCAUCUUGUCUAAAGUGUCAUUACAAGGUGGAUUGUGAAGUGGUCAGAGAAGAUAUAUUCAACAUGAAAGUACCUCGAUGUCCGAAAUGCCCUCCUGAUGAGGAACUAUCAAUAAUGAAACCUGACAUUGUGUUUUUCGGAGAAAGUCUACCUGAACAUUUCCACAGGCAAAUGUCAAAAGAUAAACACGAUACAGACUUACUCAUUGUCAUCGGAUCAUCUUUAAAAGUUAGACCAGUGGCCUUGAUACCAAGUUCUCUCCCUGACCAUGUGCCUCAAAUACUCAUUAAUCGAGAACCUCUACCCCACGUACAAUUUGAUGUUGAGUUAUUAGGUGACGGUGAUACAAUUGUAGCUGAGAUCUGCAGGAGAUUGGGAUCUGAAUUUCUAGAUAUCGCAGAAGAACGUGAUCCACUUGUCGAAAUUGACGUCUUACCUGAUGAAAGUUCUCCAUCGUCAAGUCAACAAACCUCAACAAAGACUUCAAAUUCUGAAGAAAAUGAACUGAGUCAAGAAGAUACCAAACAAAAUACAGAUUCUAUAACUUCUACAUCAGAAAGUCAAGCGAUCCUCACGGGUGACAAAAACAAUAAUUCAUCAUCAGAUUCUGAAAAAGUCUCUAGUGCCACAGAUGUCACACCUUGCCAAACAAAUACUGAUAACGAAGAUUCACAAUCUUCAUCUAAUGUUCAAAAUAAACCUCCAAGUUCAGCAAAUGUCAAUGUAACAGAUGGCAAGAACAUUUCCUCUUUACAACAAUCAAAUGAUUCCGAACUUGUAGAAAGUGGUGAUAAAUUACAUGCUGCGGAAUCAAAUGAUGAAAAACAAACAAAUGAAAAAGAAAAAACAGAAAAAAUUUUCAAUAACAUGUGGAAAAGCAGAUGGAAGCAGUCCAUCAGCAAAAGAUUACCAGUUGGUUCGUUUUACUAUGACGGAAAAUACCGAUACAUAUUCCCCGGUGCGGAAGUUUCUCCAGAAGAGGUCGAUGAUGAUGAUGAUGAUAGUGAUACGAGUGAUAUAAGUGAUGACGAAGUUGGUGAAAAUAACCAAGAUCAGUCGAGUUCAUCUGAUGAAUCAGAAGAAGAUAUUAAAGGCCCUGGUGGUCUCUCGUCAACUAGAAGAGAUUUAAGAACAAGUUCAAUGAAAGCUGGUCAUCAUCAUCAUUUCCACGGUUUAUCAUCGUUCGUUCAUGAUCAUGAUGUUGUGAUGAUGAAUCAUAGCAAAGAUUGUUGUUCAGAUAAAGAAAGCUCAUGUGUGAAAGGCAAUUCAAGCCAUAAGACAUCUGAGCCUACACAAAAUACCACAACCAGUACUGAUUCAAAAUCUCAUUUUGAACCAAUAAAAGAUGAAUCGGAUUCUAUCAUUCCUGAUGAAUUACAUGAAGAUAUUAUAACUCUCAGCACCACGAGUCACUCAAGUCAUUCACCGUUACCAGAAAAUUUACACAAAUUAUUUAGUAGCGAUCAUUUACACAAUGAGAAGGAUGAUGCAAUAUUAAUCAAACCAAUUCUGGAAGUACCUGACACAGCACAGAUCCUUGAUCUUCCAUCGUCAUCUCUCUUACCUCCGAUAGAUGACAAAUAUUCAAUGUCAAAUCAAGAUUCUGUAUCUGCAGAGGAAAAAUCAAAUGAUAACCAAACAUCUUGAUGACAGGAAAUUUAUGAACUAUAUUGUGACUGCCAAGUUUUAAUAUUCUGUUGUACGUUUACAACCGAGUGUUCCUAAUCAGUGAAAAGUCACAAUCUAUCUAGUUAAUGAUCAUCUAACGUAUGUCUAAUAAUAUAAGAUGCAGUGGAUCAGUUUAAAUAUAUAAUGAGAGAAAGGAUGAACUGAAUUUUUGGAUGCGAUAUGAACAUAUGCCGAUAGGUUGUUUUCAUUUAAACAAAAUAUUGCCUCUUGUUUUUACUAUCUAACUAAUUAUUCGAAGACUGAAGUAGUAGGAUAUUAUUUUUAUUCAGAUCGGGUAUAAGGUGUAUUAUAGUCUGAAUCAGUGAUCGACAAACUGUGGGCCAAGUGUUUUCUCGGGGCCAAUUUUUUUGUGGACCUCUAUUGACCUCACUUGUAAUGUGUGAAACAAAAAUUGCUCAAAUUUAUUAUUAUUUGUGCAUGCAUGUAUUUCGUGACGAUAUCUGUUGUUGCAAUAUUCAUGGCAUAAGGAUUAUCUUAAAAUUAUGAUUCAAAAGUGUCUGAAUAAAAAUAGUUUGCAUUCUAAUCAUGAUCUAUAGAAAAUUUUAUUCUAAUAUCAUAUGAUGUAAAAUUAUUGAUGUUAAGGUUUCUCAGUAUAUCCCCAGAUGCAAAGGGGGAUUCUUCAUAACUGUCGGGACAAUUGAAGAAUAUUUGAAAUUUUAAAGAAAUCGGAUGCUUUGUUCACUUGCUAUUACCCCCGGCCAGGUCAUAGUUGUAGAUGCUCUUAAGUUUUACUUGCCUGAGUUAUAUGCAUAUUUCAAGGAUAACAUAGGUCAUUUUUCAAUAAAUUUGUCAAAUCGAUAAACACAUUUGAUCUCCACUCCAUGAUAUGAUGAAACUUUGCUAUGUAGCAUGAAUACAAUACCAUGUUGCAUUUAUCAUAUAAAUAAUAUACCGUAAUAUGAUUGAUGUCUACACUCAAUUCAAAGUUGGUUAUGUUUUGCCAAGCAGGACGUAAAAUAGUAUCAUUGUUUAAUAUAAAAUUUGUGAAAAGAUUUUUACAAUUAUUUGUAUUUGGUUGAUGAAAUUUUUUGCUAAUUUGUCUGACAGUAUAAUAUUUCGUUUUUUGCAUAUCAUUCAGUGUGUGUUCCUUUUUUUAAAUUUGUAUUUUUUUAUUUUGGGGACACACCUAUAUGUAUGAUACAUAUUGUAUACUUUUUUAAAUUUUAUUGUUAUUGAAGUCAUUUGAUAUUUGUGUAAGAAUUGUAGGAAAAUUGUUAGCAAAUUGACAUGAUAUAAGUCACAACACGCAACCCUGUAAAGUAGUAAUCAUAUAUUUUAGAUAUUUAUUAUCGAAACUACGUUGUCUAUUAAUUUAUGUGUAAAUAUUUCGCAUUCAUGUCCUGCAAAGAUUUUUUCCUACAGUCUAUUGCUUUUGUAACUGAACAUACAAUUGAAUUCUAUUUAUCACUCCGAUAGCUUUAUUCGAUAAGGGCGAAACCUGAAAAGGGUGUUUUAUAGAUAAUGAGGAAAACAUAUUUUCGAUUUUUAAACUCCUGUGACUUUUUAUUGAAACUUUUUUUGGUGAAUCUCGCUCCAGUUUAUGAUUAGAUAUUAGGAAGGCAUCGUUUUUGUUGAUAUUGACAUUUUGUGAAAAUAACCAAAUUGGAAUAAAUGCCUUUUUACAUCAUUACACAUAUCUAAUUAUGCCUUCAUUUAAACAUUUUCACUUUUUGUACAUAACCUAGAUUGAGUAUUUGAAAACUUAAAUUAGGGUUUUAUCAUUGUUUUGGUCGGUUUUGUGAACAUUUCAUACCUAAAUUAGAAAAUCAUUUUUUUUCAUUGAUUCAUGUUUCCAAUUCGCCACAUAUCGAUAUUUUAUAUCACAAAUAUAUUGUGAUAAAAGGUUGAAUAUCAAAAUUUUGCCCCGUUUUUGCUUUUGUACCAGUGAGAAACUGCAUAUUUCCCUUUUUUCUGAAAUCUCCCUUUAAAACAAAAACUAAUGGAGUUUGUAGAAAUGAGGACUGCUCAGCUUAAGAGCACAUAUUUCUUUGCAAUAUUUUUGAUUUGAUUUUUUUUUCAAAGUUUAGUAUUCGCUUCUUGUUUUGAGACAUCAUAAAAUAAACGAUCCCUGAAUUUCGUUUGAGCGUCGUGGCUUAAAAGUGAUUUUUUUAAAGUAUGAAACCCAGAAACAGGAAUUGAAUAUGUCAUUUUUAAUUGUAGCUAUCGGUGUAUACAAUUUACCACUAAAUUCUGAACUAAAAUAUUGACCUUCAAAGUACGAACAAUGUCGUCAACUGGUGUUGAAAAUUGAUUGUAAUGAAAAAAAAAAUUUCUGUUUAAUGUCGUUGGCUAUUGCAGAACCAUGUAUUUUCUUUAAUUAAACUGAUCAUAGAACAAUGAUGCAUUGCCAAUGGGUGUUUUCUUAAUUAACAACUUCCUUUCAUUCUUUUUAUUUAAAUGCAAAUCAGAAUGUGGUUGACGGUGAGGCUACUCGGACACUAUUUUGUACUUCGCGAUAAAUUUUCAAGGCUGUCUAUAAA